ACUUGCGCGAGGGCUGACGUGGCCGAUGACUGUCGGCCGGCCUAUGACGAGAAGAAUCUCAUCUAUUGGCUAUAAAUAAAGCUCUUCGCCCUCUUCCUUUUCAUGCAAUUCUGUGGCUCGAAGCACUCGAUCGUCAGGCUCUGCAAAACAGAUUAUUAAGGAAGUAGAUUUAAGUACCCAAGAUGCAGAUUUUUGUCAAGACCCUUACCGGAAAGACCAUCACUCUUGAGGUGGAAAGCUCUGAUACAAUUGAUAAUGUCAAGGCUAAAAUCCAGGACAAGGAAGGAAUUCCUCCAGAUCAGCAGAGGCUCAUCUUCGCCGGCAAACAGCUAGAGGAUGGACGCACCCUGGCAGAUUACAACAUUCAAAAGGAGUCCACCCUUCACUUGGUUCUCCGUCUGAGGGGAGGCAUGCAAAUUUUUGUCAAAACUCUCACUGGAAAGACCAUCACUCUUGAGGUGGAGAGCUCCGACACCAUCGACAACGUUAAAGCCAAGAUCCAGGACAAGGAGGGCAUUCCCCCUGACCAGCAGAGGCUGAUCUUCGCUGGGAAACAGCUUGAGGAUGGACGCACGCUGGCUGACUACAACAUUCAAAAAGAGUCCACCCUUCAUUUGGUUCUCCGUUUGAGGGGAGGCAUGCAGAUCUUUGUCAAAACCCUCACUGGAAAGACCAUCACUCUCGAAGUGGAGAGCUCCGACACCAUUGACAAUGUUAAAGCCAAGAUCCAGGACAAGGAAGGCAUUCCCCCUGAUCAGCAGAGGUUGAUCUUCGCCGGGAAACAGCUCGAGGAUGGACGCACAUUGGCGGAUUACAACAUUCAGAAGGAGUCCACCCUUCACCUGGUUCUGCGUCUAAGGGGAGGCAUGCAGAUCUUCGUCAAAACCCUCACCGGAAAAACGAUUACCCUUGAGGUGGAGAGUUCAGACACUAUUGACAACGUCAAGGCCAAGAUCCAGGACAAGGAGGGCAUCCCCCCAGAUCAGCAAAGGCUUAUCUUUGCAGGAAAGCAGCUCGAGGAUGGACGGACAUUGGCCGACUACAACAUCCAGAAGGAAUCCACUCUCCAUCUUGUACUCCGUCUCAGGGGAGGUAUGCAAAUUUUUGUGAAGACUCUGACAGGCAAGACUAUUACCCUGGAAGUCGAGAGCUCGGACACAAUUGACAAUGUCAAGGCCAAGAUCCAGGACAAGGAGGGCAUUCCCCCAGACCAGCAAAGACUUAUCUUUGCAGGAAAGCAGCUCGAGGAUGGACGGACACUGGCCGACUACAACAUUCAGAAGGAAUCCACUCUCCACCUUGUUCUACGUCUCAGGGGAGGUAUGCAAAUUUUUGUGAAGACACUGACGGGCAAGACCAUUACCCUGGAAGUAGAAAGCUCCGAUACAAUUGAUAAUGUGAAGGCUAAGAUCCAGGACAAAGAAGGAAUUCCUCCUGACCAGCAGAGACUGAUCUUCGCUGGCAAACAGCUUGAAGAUGGACGUACACUGGCGGACUACAACAUUCAGAAGGAGUCUACCCUUCACUUGGUUCUCCGUCUGAGGGGAGGCAUGCAGAUUUUUGUUAAAACGCUCACUGGAAAGACCAUCACACUUGAAGUGGAGAGCUCGGACACGAUUGAUAACGUUAAAGCCAAGAUUCAGGACAAGGAGGGCAUCCCACCUGACCAGCAGAGGCUUAUCUUCGCUGGUAAACAGCUUGAAGAUGGACGCACACUGGCAGAUUACAACAUUCAAAAGGAGUCCACCCUUCACUUGGUCCUCCGUCUGAGGGGAGGCAUGCAGAUUUUCGUCAAAACCCUCACUGGAAAAACCAUCACUCUUGAAGUGGAGAGCUCCGACACCAUUGACAAUGUUAAAGCCAAGAUCCAGGACAAGGAGGGCAUUCCACCUGACCAGCAGAGGCUAAUCUUCGCUGGCAAACAACUCGAGGAUGGACGCACACUGGCAGAUUAUAACAUUCAAAAGGAGUCAACCCUUCACUUGGUUCUCCGUCUCAGGGGAGGAAUGCAGAUUUUUGUCAAAACCCUCACUGGAAAGACCAUCACACUUGAAGUGGAGAGCUCCGACACGAUUGAUAACGUUAAAGCCAAGAUCCAGGACAAGGAGGGCAUCCCACCUGACCAGCAGAGGCUUAUCUUCGCUGGUAAACAGCUUGAAGAUGGCCGCACACUGGCAGAUUACAACAUUCAAAAGGAGUCCACCCUUCACUUGGUCCUCCGUCUGAGGGGAGGCAUGCAGAUUUUCGUCAAAACCCUCACUGGAAAAACCAUCACUCUUGAAGUGGAGAGCUCCGACACCAUUGACAACGUUAAAGCCAAGAUCCAGGACAAAGAGGGUAUUCCCCCAGACCAGCAGAGGCUGAUCUUUGCCGGGAAACAGCUGGAGGACGGACGCACAUUGGCGGACUACAAUAUUCAAAAGGAGUCUACUCUUCACUUGGUUCUCCGUUUGAGGGGAGGCAUGCAGAUUUUCGUCAAAACCCUCACCGGAAAGACGAUUACUCUGGAAGUGGAGAGUUCAGACACCAUCGACAAUGUCAAGGCCAAGAUCCAAGAUAAGGAGGGUAUCCCACCAGACCAGCAGAGGCUUAUCUUUGCCGGAAAACAGCUUGAGGAUGGACGGACUCUGGCUGAUUACAAUAUACAGAAGGAAUCCACUCUUCAUCUCGUGCUCCGUCUUAGGGGAGGUAUGCAAAUCUUUGUGAAGACUCUGACGGGCAAGACCAUCACCCUUGAAGUCGAGAGCUCUGACACCAUUGACAACGUGAAGGCGAAGAUCCAGGACAAAGAGGGUAUUCCACCGGACCAGCAGAGGCUGAUCUUCGCUGGCAAACAACUUGAAGAUGGGCGCACCCUGGCGGAUUAUAACAUUCAGAAGGAGUCCACUCUUCACCUCGUACUUCGUCUCCGUGGUGGGCUGUAGGCUGUGUGCUGUGUGCUGCCUGUCAUUUGCGGUAAAUGAUUGAUCAAAGAUAUGAAUAUGAACUUCAUCUGGUAGUAUAAUGUGUUAAGACAUUAAGUAGGGCUGAACUAAGCCGAAAGGGCUGGUUAAACUAAUAUGUUUCAAUAUAAGUCAUUCUAUAAAAUAAUAUUUAGAUUAUAUUAUGAUUA